GAGUGCUAGGAUAACAGGCGUGAGCUACCGCGCUCGGCCUUAAAUUCACUUUUGAUUGGGAAUUUUAGUUGUCUCUGACUCCCAAUUUACCCUCCUGGGAUCUCUUGCAAUGAAUGCACAGACUUGCUGAUUUCCACCGCCCGCCACACUCACUCCUCAGAGUCUACGUUACGCCCAGAGGGCGUGUCCGCGAAGGGGCGGUGCCUGGCGCUGACGACUAAUCUGGCCGCCGGAAGCUGCCUAGGUCCAGAGAGGAACAGGGCAAACCCCGACUUCCGGCGGCAUUUUGAGGCGAAACUCUUAGCGGCCUGAUAGUGUUUUUUUCGUCUUGUUUUAUUCUACAGUUUUCGUUCUUUUUCUUCCUACGUGCUAGUCUCGCCUGACCCUGGCGAAACAGCGGGCGGGUUCCGCUUCUCGCCUGUCUCGGGGGCCCUUCGCUAGCCGAGGGCCGGUUCCCGGGAGCCGCGCGCGCACCUCCUUCUCGUCGUCGUCCUCCCCGGGCCAGGCGCGGGGACAGAGAGUGGCCUCCCCCGCUCCUCGGAGCGGAGGCGGCGGUGGUGCCUCCGGGCUGCGCUUGUCAAGGGAGCUUGAGGAGGAGUAGUACAAAAUGUCAAAAAUUAGAAGGAAGGUCACAGUGGAAAAUACCAAGACCAUAUCUGAUAGCACAUCCCGAAGACCCAGUGUGUUUGAGAGGCUUGGACCCAGCACUGGCAGUACAGCAGAGACACAGUGCCGUAACUGGCUGAAGACUGGCAACUGCCUCUAUGGAAACACAUGUAGAUUCGUACAUGGCCCUUCACCUCGUGGUAAAGGUUAUAGCAGCAAUUAUAGAAGGUCACCAGAAAGACCUACAGGGGAUCUUAGAGAAAGAAUGAAGAACAAGCGCCAAGAUGUGGACUCUGAGCCUCAGAAAAGAAAUACAGAGGAGUCAUCCUCACCUGUUAGGAAAGAAUCUUCAAGAGGGAGACAUAGGGAAAAGGAAGACAUAAAAAUCACUAAGGAGAGAACUCCAGAAAGUGAAGAAGAAAAUGUAGAAUGGGAAACUAAUAGAGAUGAUUCUGACAAUGGAGAUAUUAAUUAUGAUUAUGUUCAUGAAUUGUCAUUGGAAAUGAAGCGUCAGAAGAUACAGAGGGAAUUAAUGAAGUUGGAGCAAGAAAACAUGGAGAAGAGAGAAGAAAUUAUCAUUAAAAAGGAGGUUUCACCAGAUGUGGUUAGAUCAAAAUUGUCUCCAUCACCUUCUUUAAGAAAGUCUAGCAAAUCACCAAAGCGAAAAUCAAGCCCCAAGUCAUCUUCAGCUAGCAAGAAAGACAGGAAGACAUCUGCAGUAUCUUCUCCCCUGUUGGACCAGCAGAGGAAUUCAAAAAGCAACCAAAGUAAAAAGAAAGGACCACGCACUCCAAGUCCACCCCCUCCUAUACCAGAAGAUAUUGCUCUGGGGAAAAAAUACAAAGAAAAGUAUAAAGUAAAAGACAGGAUAGAAGAAAAACCAAGAGAUGGAAAGGAAAGAGGACGAGAUUUUGAAAGACAAAGAGAAAAAAGAGACAAGCCGAGGUCUACUUCCCCAACAGGACAGCAUCAUUCUCCUAUAUCUUCUAGGCAUCACUCAUCUUCCUCUCAAUCGGGAUCAUCUAUUCAAAGACAUUCUCCUUCACCUCGUCGAAAAAGAACUCCUUCACCGUCUUAUCAGCGGACACUAACUCCACCUUUACGACGUUCCGCUUCUCCUUAUCCUUCACAUUCUUUGUCUUCUCCUCAGAGAAAGCAAAGUCCUCCAAGACAUCGCUCCCCAAUGCGAGAGAAAGGGAGACACGAUCAUGAACGAAGUUCACAGUCUCAUGAUCGGCGUCAUGAAAGGAGGGAAGAGACAAGAGGCAAACGGGAUAGAGACAAGGAUACAAGAGAAGAACGAGAGUAUGAACAGGAUCAGAGCUCUUCUAGAGACCACAGAGAUGACAGAGAACCUCGAGACAGUCGGGAUCGGAGAGACACCAGAGAUACUAGAGACCGAAGGGAAUUAAGAGACUCCAGAGACAUGCGGGACUCCAGGGAGAUGAGGGAUUAUAGCAGAGAUACCAAAGAGAGCCGUGAUCCCAGAGAUUCUCGUUCCACUCGUGAUGUCCAUGACUACAGGGAUCGUGACAGUCGAGAUGCUCAUCGAAAGGAGGAUAUGUAUCUGGAAGAAUCCCGUAGUUAUGGCAGAAACCAUUUGAGAGAAGAAAGUUCUCGUACUGAAAUAAGAAAUGAGUCUCGAAGUGAAAUUAGAAAUGACCGGAUGGGCAGAAGUAGGGGGAGAGGUCCUGAGUUGCCUGAAAAGGGAAGUCGAGGCACAAGAGGUUCUCAAAUUGAGAGUCACAGUAGUAGUAGCAACUAUCAUGACAGCUGGGAAACUCGAAGUAGCUAUCCUGAAAGAGACAGAUACCCUGAAAGAGACAGCAGAGAUCAAGCAAGGGAUUCUUCCUUUGAGAGAAGACCUGGAGAGAGAGACCGUCGUGACAACAGAGAGAGAGCUUCUAUGUUCUACACCUCCUGCUGCCCCUAUCCUUUGCCACCAGUGUUCUCAGGUCCUGCUGGGGGGACAGAGAAGAUCAGAGAUCAAAGACCAAGCUCACCAAUUCGACAUCAGGGAAGGAAUGACGAGCUUGAGCGUGAUGAAAGAAGAGAGGAACGAAGAGUAGACAGAGUGGAUGAUAGAAGAGAUGAAAGGACUAGAGACAGAGAUCGGGAACGAGAAAGAGACAGGGAGCGGGAGAGAGAAAGGGAACGUGAACGGGAUCGGGAAAGAGAAAAAGAAAGAGAACUAGAAAGAGAGCGUGCUAGGGAACGGGAGAGAGAAAGAGAAAGAGAAAAAGAGAGAGACCGUGAAAGAGAGAGAGAUCGUGACCAUGAUCGAGAGCGAGAAAGAGAGAGGGAACGAGAUAGGGAGAAAGAGCGGGAGCGAGAGAGAGAAGAAAGGGAAAGAGAGAGAGAACGAGAACGGGAGAGAGAAAGAGAGCGAGAACGAGAGCGAGAGAGAGCGAGAGAAAGGGAUAAAGAACGAGAACGUCAAAGAGAUUGGGAAGACAAAGACAAAGGACGAGAUGACCGCAGAGAAAAGCGAGAAGAUAUUCGAGAAGACAGAAAUCCAAGAGAUGGACAUGAUGAGAGAAAAUCAAAGAAGCGCUACAGAAAUGAAGGGAGUCCCAGCCCUAGGCAGUCACCGAAGCGUCGGCGUGAACAUUCUCCUGAUAGUGAUGCCUACAACAGCGGGGAUGAUAAAAAUGAAAAACACAGACUCUUGAGUCAGGUUGUACGACCUCAAGAAUCUCGUUCUCUUAGUCCAUCACACCUCACAGAAGAUAGGCAAGGUAGAUGGAAGGGGGAGGAUCGGAAACCAGAGAGGAAAGAAGGUUCAAGGCGCUAUGAAGAACAAGAACUCAAAGAGAAGGUUUCUUCUAUAGAUAAACAGAAAGAGCAAAUGGAAAUCAUGGAAAGCUCAAGAACACGUGCACAGGACUUUAUAGGACACCACCAGUCUGAAGAUCGAGAUACAUCUGAUGGAACUCAUGAUGAAAACAAGAAAAAAGCAAAAAUUCUAAAGAAACCUAUUAAGAAAAAGAAAGAGGAUGAUGUUGGAAUAGAGAGGUGUAACACAGAGACACCAUCUGAAGAUAUUCAAGUGUUUUCACCUAAAAAAGGGCAGAAGAAGAAAAGUGUUGAAAAGAAACGUAGAAGAUCCAAAGGUGAUUCUGAUAUUUCUGAUGAAGAAGCAACCCAGCAAAGUAAGAAGAAAAGAGGCCCACGGACUCCCCCUAUAACAACUAAAGAGGAAUUAGUUGAAAUGGUGAAUGAUAAAGAUGGCUCUCUAGAGGAUACCCUGAAAAAAGAAGAUAUAGCAUUUAGUGACUGGUCUGAUGAGGAUGUGCCUGACCGCACAGAGGUUGCGGAAGCAGAGCAUGCUGCCAGCGCUACUACUCCCGGUAGCACCCCUUCUCCUCUGUCUUCUCUUCUUCCUCCUCCACCUCCUGUGGCCACUGCCACCACUACAGCUGCUCCUGCCACUCUUGCCACUGCUGCUACUGCUACCACCUCCUUCAACACAUCUGCCACCACCAUUUCUAACUCUGCCGCCACCACCAGUUCCGCCAAUGCUACUUUUGCCAAUGAAGACUCACAUAGAAAAUGCCACAGAACACGAGUGGAAAAAGUAGAGGCACCUCAUGUUACUAUAGAAGAUGCACCACAUCGCAAGCCAGUGGAUCAAAAGAGAAGUAGCAGCCUUGGGAGCAAUCGGAGUAAUCGUAGUCAUACAUCUGGCCGUCUACGCUCCCCGUCCAAUGAUUCUGCCCAUAGAAGUGGGGAUGAUCAAAGUGGUCGAAAGAGAGUACUGCACAGUGGCUCGAGAGACAGAGAAAAAACAAAAAGCCUGGAAAUCACCGGCGAGAGAAAAUCUAGGAUCGAUCAGUUAAAGCGUGGAGAACCUAGUCGAAGUACUUCUUCAGAUCGCCAGGAUUCAAGAAGCCAUAGUUCAAGAAGAAGUUCUCCCGAGUCAGAUCGACAGGUCCAUUCUAGAUCUGGGUCAUUUGAUAGCAGAGAGAGGCUUCAAGAACGAGAUCGAUAUGACCAUGAUAGAGAGCGUGAAAGAGAGAGGAGAGACACAAGGCAGAGAGAAUGGGACCGAGAUGCUGAAAAAGAUUGGACUCGGAAUAGAGAUCGCGAUAGACUGCGAGAACGAGACAGAGAACGAGACAAAAGGAGAGACUUGGAUAGGGAAAGAGAGAGACUAAUUCCUGAUUCUCUUGAAAGGGACAGGGACAGAGACAGAGACAGAACUUUUGAGAGUUCUCAAAUAGAGGCUACGAAGCGCAGUGAAAUAAAACUGGAGAGUGAACAUGAGCGAGACCUAGAAGGCACUUCCCGAGACUCUGUAGCUUUGGAUAAAGAAAGAAUAGAUAAAGAUCUGGGAUCUCUGCAGGGAUUUGAAGAUAUAAAUAAAUCUGAGAGAACUGAGAGUUUGGAAGCAGGUGAUGACGAAUCCAAGUUAGAUGAUGCACAUUCAUUGGGCUCUGGUGCUGGAGAAGGAUAUGAGCCAAUCAGUGAUGAUGAACUAGAUGAAAUUCUGGCAGGUGAUGCAGAAAAAAGGGAGGACCAACAGGAUGAAGAAAAGAUGCCAGAUCCCUUAGAUGUGAUCGAUGUGGAUUGGUCUGGUCUUCUGCCAAAGCAUCCAAAAGAACCCAGAGAGCCUGGGGCUGCACUCUUAAAAUUCACACCUGGAGCUGUUAUGCUGAGAGUUGGGAUUUCUAAAAAGUUGGCAGGUUCUGAACUCUUUACCAAAGUCAAAGAAACAUGUCAGAAACUUUUAGAAAAACCCAAAGAUGCAGACAAUCUUUUUGAACAUGAAUUGGGGGCCCUCAACAUGGCUGCGUUACUACGAAAAGAAGAAAGAGCAAGUCUCCUUAGUAAUCUUGGACCAUGUUGUAAGGCAUUAUGCUUCAGACGGGAUUCUGCAAUCCGAAAGCAGCUUGUUAAAAAUGAGAAGGGUACUGUAAAACAAGCAUACACGAAUGCUCCAAUGGUAGACAAUGAAUUAUUACGAUUGAGUCUUCGGUUGUUUAAGCGAAAGACUACUUGCCAUGCCCCAGGACAUGAAAAGACUGAAGAUAAUAAACUUACACAGUCCAGUGUCCAACAGGAACUCUGUGUGUCUUAAGAUUGAAGAUCAGUAUGACAUUUUUGGUACUAUUGUCCUUCAGCAGCACAUAUUCUUCUUAAAAGUUCUUUGGUUUGACAAGCAUUAUUAGUGACAAAGGCAGCAAAAAUUUAUCAGCCAUGCUGAAGGAAGAACUUUGAUCUUUAGAGACACUAGUUUUGGCUAACUUCAGAUUUUACAUCAGUUUUUACAUAGUACUUGAUACUCAUGCAAAAUAAUGUGAAAAUGUCUAGAUUUAGUAGUUUAUUCUGUACCUUUUGUUAAAACUGAAGAUUUUGGAAAAUGAUUGUCACUGCUCUUCCAGCCUACGAGUAUUUUUUAUCAGAUGGAGCCAUUUAUUUAUGUUUUGGAUCAUCCAUACAGAAACUACGAUUUUAUUCAGAAACAAUGCGUUCAUCAAAAUAAUUGCACACGUCGUGCAGCAGCAUGGUGUACAGAACAUUUGAAAGGGAUGCUGGUCUAACAUGGCGUGUUCGCAGGCAAAUCUCCAGCAGGAGAAAGACAGAAUAUUUCUUUUCCUUUUGAAAGUUUUAAAAACUUAUUUCAAGAGUCUUUGUUUUUUUAAAUGUGCAUGCAUUGUUACAUUGUACAGUGUAUAGUGUUUGGAUUCUAAAUGAUUUUUUUGUUUGUUAUCAGAGACUGUGUACUGUUUUUAUUUUUAAUAAAUGUGUCUUUCCUUUCCUUGUUCUAGAUUCCUUUGCUCUUCAUUAAUCUUAUUUCCUUUGCUCUUCAUUAAUCUUAUUCCUGAAGUUCUGAAACAUUUGUCAUCAACAUUACAUGUUUUAGGCUUCAGAUAUUUUACUGCCUUGUGUCCUUAUCGGACAGCUGUAAAUAGUGGGUAAGAGUUGAGGCUAUUAUUUCAAACAUAGCUCAUCAGUAUUUUGAAGCAAACCAAGAGUUAACAAACCUAGGUCACCUAAGGUUCAGUAUCCUACCACCAUAUUUUUCAGAGCGAUAACCUUUGAUUACAUUAAACUGUCCCCAGCCUUACUGUGUGAUACAGAUUUACUUUUUAAAAGUAUAUAUACAUGUUUAGCUCAUGGAGUGCACUCUUAGAAGAAUUUGAAAUGAACUGCAAGCUGCAGAAUUUGUGAGCAAACCAUAGUAGUAAUAAUAAUAAUAAAGGAAACCAAUCAAAAUUCUGAUUUGAACAUGACUCCCACAGGUUUUUGUUAAAACUAUAAGCCUAUGUUACUUGUUUUAGUAGUUUUGUAUCCUGUUCUGUAAAGUUUCUGUUCAUUUCAAGAAAGGUUUAUUGAGUGGUUAAUUUGUACAAGAUGCUUAUCCACCAAAGGAAAUGAUCUUAUUUUCAGAUGACUUUGGUGUUUGUUUGUUUUUUCAAAUGACUUUAAACAGAGCGGGGGAUGGGGGGAACAAAAUGAUAAAAUUUUCCUGAUAUCCUUUUCCUUAACUAAAUGUUUUAAAUAAAGAAAAAAGAAAAUUCUUUAUGACUCCAGAGAAUGAAUACCCUUUAGGAAACCAUUUCCUAAUUAUAGUGGAUAAUAAUUGUUCUUUGUAGCAUAAAGCUUUAAGUCCUGGAACUUCUAAAUCCUAUUUUCCAGAAUUGUAGAAUAUGACAGAAAUGGUUUCCUUAUUUGUCCUCUGAUUUUACGAGUAGUCACUAAUUAUUUAUAGAAUGAAAACUAUAUUGUUAAAUCUGCCAUUUAAUUAAACUUAUUGCCUUGUUAAUUUGGAGUAUCUUUUUGUUAUGUUGCAAAAGAAAAUUUUAGGACUAUUCCUUUGUUCACUUAGUCACAGAUUUCAGAGCUUUAUGUUUCCAGUGCAAAUGUACUGAUAAGUCUCAUUUUUUUUAAUCCAACCAUUCUCAGUAUUAGUGACCAUAUACUCAUAACGUUCUUCCAAAGAAAAAAUUUUAGUUAAAUUUUUCAUAAAAGCUCUUGGACUGUAAUUAAAGUCUCAAUUAAACCAAUAUUCCUGGAGACAUUUUCCAGGGUAUAAAUUAUUUACUAGUACAGUUAAAGGUCUUCUAUCUCAUAACUGAUGGAACAAGUUUGUCCAUUUGCCAUAAUUGCACAACUGGAUUCCAGCUGCUGGUAAUAAUGGUAGAGAAGGGGGGCAAGAGUAUGUCUGGAAUACAUAAUAAAAGAGAGUGUUAACCCAUAAUUAGCUGUUUAUUUUGGCAGCUAUCUUCACCAUAUAGUAAAGGGUUCUGAUAAUACCUAACUUUUUAUUUCACAAAGUGUUGUAAGUAUACCUAAGUAAUAAUACGUUGAAAAUUCUGACCUGUCAUUUCUCUUUACUCUGACCAGUAAAAGCAGAUUAUCUUCCCCAUCCUAUUGUACGCUACAUUAGGAUUUUAUGACUUUAUUAGCCUGGAAAUUUUUGGCAUUGACAGAAUGCCACUUUGGCAUUGACAGAACAUCCCACUUGGUUUCUUACUGUCCAGUUGUGUAAAGCUUAAGGUAUAUACUAUAUUGAUGCUUUUAUUAUUUUUUUUUUUUCUUUUUUGUAACAACUUGGAUGGAAGAUGCUUUUAAACCUCAGAAAAAAGAGGUGACCAUACAUUGAUGGCAGAGCCCACGACUCCAAGUCCAAAAGCACUGUUGCAGCAGUGGCUAUAGUGGCUCUCUGGGCCGCAGAAGCUGGACCUGGCUCGGGCAGGCAGUCUGGGCUGGGACUUCGGUUUGGGUGACCAGGAGGUGCCCAUGGCCUCGCUAGGCACUGGUGAUUUACAAGAUUAAAAUUAACUUGGUUGCUGAUGAGUCUAAACAAAUAGUUUUUUUAUUUGAGGUAUGACAUUUUGAAGACUGAGACAUUGGAGUUUUAUCCUUGAGGAUAAAGGAAAUCUUGGGGAAGGUCUGUAUUUAUAUAACAGAAAUAUGAACUCCCAGACUGAAUCCUUAAAAGGGCCUGUACAACAUGGAAGCAUUUACACCUACUCAGCUAGAAGAGCCUCAAAUGGACUCUACUACCAAGAAAUCAAGAUUCCAAUCCACUAUGGGGAUUUGAGGAAAAUCGAUUAAUGUAAGAGUCCUGUGGUAACAUACAACCAAGACAGGGUUCUUUUAACAUGGAUUCCAUGAAAUGAACGAAGACAUAGGUUUCUUACUGAACACAGAAGGACAGUGGAUUUGAUUUUCUAAAGACUUUUUUGUGUCAUUAAAACAAGUACAUUUUCGACAUUUGGAAAAGAAAAAUGGCACAUUAUGGAUAAUGGUUUGUAUGCUUGGAAUUUUUUGCAGUUUGUUUUGUAUGACUUUGUGGAAUGUUAACUUUAAUAAAAUCUGUAACAUUUAAAAAUACAGCCACCACCUGAACCUCAGCUUGCUAUUUAAAAAUGUGUAUGGACCCCUCCUCCCACUUGCAAGGGGUAUUCCCCUUUACUGAUUGUCCUAGCUAAAAUUAUAUAGCCAUCUUUCUAAGUAUUGCAUUUAAAUUUGAACUUGGACUUGCCUUAUUUUAUUAAC